AUGGUAUCCUCCAUGGCUGGGCUCACUGGUGUCUGCACCAUGAGGAACGGGCAUCUAUGGUUGCUGCCAGGACUCUUGAUGCUGCUGCUGUUGCCAUUGAGAGCUGCAGCCCAGAAGACUAGUGAUUGUGCUCGCUGGUGCCCUCCAAACUCCACGUGUGUCAAUGCCACUGCCUGUCGCUGCUCCCCAGGAUUCAGGUCUUCAUCUGGGGUGAUCUUCACCAGCUUGUUGGAGAGCUGUGAUGAUAUCAACGAGUGUGGAUCACUGUCAGCUGUGUCCUGUGGAGAAUUUGCAGAUUGCCAGAACACAGAGGGGAGCUACUACUGCACAUGCAUUCCAGGAUAUGAGCUUGCUUCUGGGGCAAGAAUGUUCAAGAUUGAGAGUAAGAACACAUGUCAAGAUGUGGACGAGUGCAGCUCCAAGCAGCCUAUGUGCCACGAGUCCACCAUCUGCAUCAACACCGUAGGCUCGUACAAGUGCCGCUGCCGCCGGGGCUGGGAGCUCAAACCCGGAUUCCAGAAUAAGCAGCCCAACACCACCUGUGAAGAGAUGUCUUUCCCCACCUGGACCCCACCCCCUAGAAUCAAGAGCCAGCGGCUCUCCCGUUUCUUUGAAAGAGUCCAAGGUCUGGGGAGACACUUCAAGCCAGCCUUGGCUCAGGACACCAUCCAGGACCUCAUACAGGAGGUGGAUGAGCUGCUCCAGACCCCCGAGGACCUGGAGGCCCUGCCCCGCUCAGAGCAGCACUGUGUGGCCACAGACCUGCUCAGUGGCCUGGAGGAUGUCCUGAGAAAGCUGAGUCAGGCUCUGCCCAGUGGGACAUUGACCUUCAAUGCAUCUGCAGGCACAGACCUGUCCCUGGAGGUGCAGGAGCAAGGACACAGAAAUGUCACUUUGAGUUCAAAUCAGGCGAAGAUGUGGCUGAACUGGGAUGUGGUACACAAAUCUGGUGACUCAGGUCCUUCUGUGGCGGGCCUCGUCUCCACUCCGGGGAUGGCCAAGUUGCUGGCAGAGGCCCUCCUGGUCCUGGAGUCUGAGAAACAGGCAGUUCUGCAUGGGGCACACAAGCGUAUUUUGCCAGGAGUCUCCUUGGUCCUGCUCUCAGAUGUCAUCUCUGCCUUUACGAACAAUAAGUACACCCAGAACCUCAGCUCCCCCAUCACCUUCAUCUUCUCUCACCAUUCAGUGAGCCCUGGGCUAACACAAAAGGUGUUCUGCGUCUUCUGGGAGAACAGUCAAGGUGGCUGUGGUCAUUGGUCCACUAGAGGCUGCAGGAUGGUGACCACUACAGACACCAGUACCAUCUGCCAGUGCACCCAUCUCAGCAGCUUUGCCGUUCUCAUGGACCACUAUGAUGCACAGGAGGAGCGUCCUGGGCUGGCUGUGAUCACCCAUGUGGGGCUGGGCAUCUCUCUGCUGUGCCUCCUCCUGGCAGCCCUCACCUUCCUACUGUGCAAAGCCAUCCAGAACACCAGCACCUUGAUCCACCUGCAGCUCUCAAUCUGCCUCUUUCUGGCCCACCUGCUCUUCCUCACGGCCAUCGACCAGACCAAGAUCAAGGUGUUGUGUGCCAUCAUUGCAGGUGCCCUACACUAUCUCUACCUGGCCUCUUUCACCUGGAUGCUGCUGGAGGGUCUGAAUCUUUUCCUCACUGCACGUAACCUGACGGUGGUCAACUACUCCAGUGUGAGGAGGUUCAUGAAGAAACUCAUGUUCCCUGUGGGCUAUGGAGUCCCAGCUAUAAUUGUGGCCAUUUCUGCAGCAUCCAGGCCUUACCUUUAUGGAACUCCCAUGCGCUGCUGGCUCCACACAGGAAAGAGAUUUAUAUGGAGCUUCCUUGGACCAGUUUGUGCCAUCUUCUCUGUCAAUUUAGUUUUCUUUCUGAUGACCCUCUGGAUUUUGAAAAGCAAAUUGUCAUCCCUCAACAGUGAUGUAUCCACCCUCCAGAACACAAGAAUGCUGACAUUUAAAACCACAGCUCAACUCAUCAUCUUGGGCUGCACAUGGUGCCUGGGCAUUCUGCAGGUGGGUCCAGCUGCCCAUGUCAUGGCUUACCUCUUCACCAUCAUCAACAGCCUGCAGGGCUUCUUCAUCUUCUUGGUGUAUUGCCUCCUCAGCCAGCAGGUCCGGGAACAAUACAAGAAAUGGUUCAAAGGGAUCAGGAAUAGAAGAGCUGAGUCUGAGAAAUACACACUGUCCAGCAAGGCCAUGUCUGAUUCUUCCAGACGCAGCAUGGUUAAUUAAAAAAUGUCUUGAGUUAUAUCCACUUAUCCCAUGGAAAAUUGCAACUGUUAUUCUCUGAGCCACUGAGAGGAUAAACAAGGCUUUGUUGUCUGUGUUUCAAGAAAUUCACGAUGUUAACAAUGUGAAAGAAGUCAACAAUGUUUGAGAUCAAGAUCUGCAUAAUCUGGAAUUUUUCUAUGUCUUUCUUUGUGAUCAGAAAACUUUCAACAUAUAAAGGGCCAUAUGUGGCCCAAUUUCUUGGUCACUUUGGGUUAUAUCCUUUUCUGAAACCUCUCCUUCCUACAAAGACUUUUCCAGAUAUUGAACAUCUAAGUGCUGGAAUACUUAUCUCAAAAACAUCCAUAGGAAUGGAAAAUUUCAUACCAUAGUAUGGAUUUUGAAAUUUCUUGUUUUGUGUUUAAUUAAUCACUCAUUCAAAGAUAUUGAUUUCUCGCUUGGUCUAAGGCAGAGACCAAAAGAGACUCAGGUUUUGCCUUCAUGGAGAUUUCAGGGGGGAAAUAAAGUGAUUUUUGCAGCUA